AUGCUGGCGAAACUCACAAGGGUAGCCAGCAUACAGGAACUGGUACAAGAAGCAAAGUGGAGAUACAUCAGCGCUAAGGAGAAUCCCGCUGAUUGUGCUUCUCGGGGCAUUACUGUGGCUCAACUCGAUGCUCAUAAGUUGUGGUGGGCGGGUCCGAAGUGGUUACAAUUUGCCUCCUCUCAGUGGCCGAAAGAGAAUGCAAAACUAGACCCGUCAGCGAAUCUGGAAGAGAAGCCCGGAUUAAUAUUUACUGUCUCAACAGACUCUACUCUCUGGGAUCUCAUCACCAAGUACUCCUCUCUCUACAAAUUGCUGCGCAUAACAGCAAUUUGUCAACGUUUUGUUGCUCGGAUGAGGAGGAAACCAGGUGAAACUCUCGUGGAUCCACUCAGUCGUGAUGGCAUCGAGGCAGCUAGGCUGUGUUGGGUCAGAGCCACUCAGGCUCAUUAUCUACAAUCGGAGUGCAGCAUCAUCUAUCGUGGUCAACAACUUGGGAGAUCUCAUCCGUUGACCAAACUGACUGCCUUCAUAGACCAUCAAGUUAUUCUCCGAGUGGGCGGGAGAUUGAAGUUCUCUAACCUGCACCCAGAGAGUAAACAUCAAGCGAUCGUCCCUAAAGAUUCUGAGCUAGCUGAACUUCUCAUUAGGGACUCUCAUCAGCGAACGUUGCAUGGUGAAACUCAACUCACGUUGACAUGCGUCAGGAGGUCUUACUGGAUUAUUGGAGGAAGAGCGCCAGUAAGAUCCUUCAUUCUCAAGUGUGUGGAAUGUGCGCGCCAACGUGGAGUACGUGCUCAGCAACUGAUGGGUCAGCUUCCACCGGCACGUCUAUCUCCAGGACGUCCAUUCUCUAAUACUGGUGUAGAUUAUGCUGGACCAGUGUCCAUCAAGACGUGGAAGGGGCGUGGUCAUAAAACCCAAAAGGGUUGGUUAGUGAUCUUCGUUUGCAUGGCCACGUCAGCACUUCGUCUGGAAGCUGUCACCAACUACUCUGUUGAUGGGUUCAUUGCUUCCUACCGGAGAUUCGUGAGUCAUCGAGGUCGUUGCAGGAACCUCUUCAGUGAUUGUGGUACGAACUUCAUCGGUGCUGACAAGGAGCUGAAGAGGUUGUUCUCAGCUGGAUCAAAGGAGUUCCAGCAUCUCUCAGCAUUCUGCCUGAAGGACGGCACUCGGUGGUCCUUCAAUCCACCUGGGGCCCCUCAUUUUGGAGGAAAAUGGGAAGCAGCGGUAAAAUCAGUGAAGUAUCAUCUCUCUCGAACGAUUCGGGACACUAUACUGACGUUCGAGGAACUACGCUGUUUACCCAAAUUGAAGCUGUGCUCAACUUCAGACCUCUACAGACUCUCUCUGAAGAUCCCGACGACGUGUUGUGUCUCACUCUGGGGCAUUUUUUGA